AUGGCAAACAAGAAUCAAGCCGGUUUCCGUAGUGUAGUGGUUAUCACGUUCGCCUCACACGCGAAAGGUCCCCGGUUCGAAACCGGGCGGAAACAGUUCUACUUUUCACUUCAUUGCUUCAAAUUUAUUACACCGAAGACUAGCCUAGAACACCCCACCACUGUCUCCACCUGGUUAAGGAGAAAAGGCUAUCAAGGGUAUUUAUACCGUUGCCUUUCCACCGCAAUCAUUGGCACCUGGCACUUGCUGUUGACACCAGCGCGACGAACUCCCCACAAAGCCCAUCCAGUGGAUGGAUGCACAAUGCCAAAUGGAAUUCCCGAUGCCGAGAAAGCGUGGGGCCCAAGGCCCAAGGAGUUCCUCCUUUUGGUCCCCGGGCCAACAAGGCGUUGGGGCGAAUCCACAGGGCAUCCCAGAACCACCGCGUUCCAGCAGGAUCCGCUGGGCCACAGGCACCGGCUGGGAAACGGCUCCACCAGCGCCCUGGCAGAGAAGAUUCGCAAGGCGCAGGCCUGGGGAUGCAGCAGCGCAGAGGGCGCGACUCCGGGGACAGCCACGGCCCGUCCGUCCUUCCGUCCGCGGCCCCGUCCCCUGGAGCUUGGCGCCCGCUCUGCCCGGAUCCGCCCCGGCCCGGGGCUCCGGCCCGCGGUCCAGUCCGCACCGCGGACCCCGAGCAGCCUCGCCGUGCACGGCCCCGCCGGGCUCAGUUCUGGGCUCGCGCUUCCCCUGCCCCCGCCUGGCUCCCAGUUUCUUUCUGUCUCCCGCGGAACCGACCUCGUCCCCCCGAAUCUCCGCCAGCUCUUCUCCCCCUCCCGCUACGCCCCGGCCGAAGCGCCCCGCGGGGCGGAGGUGGACCCGGAUUUCCAGCCGCUGCCCGGGCGGGAGUUCCGCGGGUCCCACGCGGCCACCUCCAGCCCCGCCCGUCAGCGCCGACUUCAUGAGCAACCCGAGCCUCCUGCAGGACAGCGAGGACUUCCGCGGACGCCGGGGGCUGUGCGGGGACUUCCAGGGCCCGAGGGGGGCGGCCUGCACUCGGCGCUAACGCAGCACCCGCGGGACCCCGCCUCCGCCGGGCCGCUCGCGGGGCAGCAGCGCAGGAGCAGCUCGUCCCAUCGCAAAGCGUGGCGCAACCUGUCCCACGCCGACCUCAGCACCAGGGCCGACGAGAGCUCGGAGGAGCGGCUCGCGCUGUCGCAGAUCUGCGAGUGGAUGGUCAAGAGCGUGCCCUGCUGCAAGGAUAAGGGCGACAGCAACAGCUCGGCGGGUUGCAGGAAUUCACUUCACCAUGAUCUGUCCCUACACAGCAAGUUGACUCGCGCGCAGAAUGAAGGGACUGGAAAAAGUGCUCGGUGGAUGCUGGAUCCAGAGGGCGGCAAGGGUGGGAGAUCUCUUAGGACAAGAGCUGCAUCCAUGGACAGCAGCAACAAAUGCACUCGGAGCAAAGCCGAGAUGCCACGAAAAAACAUCCUGCAAUCUAGCCAGGGGGGUGCUGGGGACAGCCCCGGACCCCAGUUUUCCAGAUGGCCUGCAAGCCCUGGCUCUCACAGCAAUGAUGACUUUGAUAGCUGGAGUCCAUUUCGCCCUGGAACUAGCUCGAAUGCUAGUACUAUUACUGGGAGACUUUCACCCAUUAUAACCAAAGGAGACGAUCUUGGAGAUGGUGACGUGCAUUCCGUGGGGUACCCGCCAUGUGCGGCAAAGAUGGCCCGUACUCCACCCAGUCUGAGUCAAGCAAUCCUGAAACAUGGAAAAGGUUUGAAUAAUCUCAACCUUCUUUUUAUCUCGUCACCAACAUCAUUAAUUGUGUCCACCCAGUCCUCACCUGGCACCAUGAUGCAGCAGACGCCAUGCUACUCCUUUGUGCCACCAAACACCAGUCUGAACCGCCCAAACUACAAAAAAUAGACGUAGGGCCAGUCCAACAUGAACCCUUUGCCCCAGAUGCAUGAAACACUCAAGGAGCACAAAUCAAGUUACAGAGCUGCGAGUCUGUGUAACUGUGCAGCAGGACUCCUGGAGGAGCUGCUGACUUCUGGCUCUCCUCCCCAUAAUGACGUUAUGACACCAGCUAAUCCCAGGGUCAAAUCCUCCAUAAUGGAGGAGACACCAGCUAAUCCUGGGGUAGCCCCACCCAACAGCCAGGAUCUGGGCCAGAACAUCAUGAUAGGCCUUAAUUCAGCCACAUCAACCUGUGGCAACCAGGCAUCUGGAUACAAAAUGAGGCCUCCCAGUUCCCAUAUCCACCCUGGGCAUGCUCAGCAGAGGUAUGCAGUUUACAGCCGUGCCCUGUUUCACACGGAAAACACCAAGCCCCACACCUCAGGUGUGAACCACCUGACCCCAGUGAAGACACCUUUACAAGUGUCUCUGCCCCACCCCAUGCAGAUGAGUGCCCUGGGGGGCUACUCCUGGGUGAGCUGCUGCAGUGGCUAUGGCAGAAUGGGCCUCCUCCACCAGGAGAGGCUCCCAAGUGACUCGGAUGGCAAGAUCGUUGAGCAUUUGGACUGUGACAUGGAAUCCAUCAUUCUGAAUGACCUCAUGGAUGGAGACAUGCUGGAUUUCCACCUUGACAAUGUUUUGCCCAGCCAAAACUCCUCACACAGUGUCAAGACAAGGACACAUAGCUGCAUGUCAGGCUGA